AUGCGUCUUCUGCGGCUUGAUCCUAGUAAACGCAGAUGGAUCCUUGAGAGGUUCUCGGGGGGAGAAACUCCAGUCUAUGCGAUACUAUCCCAUACUUGGGGUCGCAGUGAUGAUGAGGUUCAAUUCGAGGAUAUUCAAGGUGGACAAAAAGAAUAUGAUGAUACUAGCAAACUGGGAUACGAAAAGCUACGCUUCUGUCAAGAGAGAGUCGUGAGGGAUGGCCUAACAUACUUCUGGAUUGACACCUGCUGCAUCAACAAAUCGUCCAGCUCCGAACUUCAGCAUUCAUUGGCCUCCAUGUUCUAUUGGUAUCAGAAUUCUACCAGAUGCUACGUGUAUCUCUCUGAUGUAUCCGUCCAUGAGUCUACAGAAGUUUCUGAUAUGAAAUGGAAAGAGGCAUUCUUAAAGAGCAGAUGGUUCAAACGCAGUUGGACGCUUCAGGAACUCAUUGCGCCUACUUCCAUCUCCUUCUUUUCCAGGGAAAAGACAUUCCUCGGCAACAAGAAAGAGCUAGUAUCUACGAUUAGUGCUGUGACUCAGAUUCCCAUCCGAGCCCUCCAAGGACUUGAGCUCCUUUAUUUUACCGUAGAAGAGCGUUUUUCUUGGAUCAAGAGCCGCUCUGCAACGAUCCCGGAAGACGUUGCUUAUUCCUUAAUGGGGAUUUUUGACGUGCAGCUGCCCAUGCUGUAUGCAGACGGUGACUACGAUAGGAGGAAAAAUGCAGCAUUGAAAACUCUCCAAAAAGCGAUUACGGAAAGGAAUGACAAUGAUAAAGAAUCACAAUCUGUUAUACGGGUUGGGGGCGCUUCUUGGAGUGACCUCAUGAAAUUGAGUGAGAACGAUUUGCAGGAACUAGAUUCCGACCUUCAAGAAUACCAGAAAUGGCUACUCGAGGAGUUGCCAAAUCAGAUCAAUAAAUUGACCGUCUGGACCCCACUGCUUGGAGAACUUUCGGAGGCUGCAGGGGUAAAGAUGAAGGCAUUAUUAGAAAAGUAUGGCGUUGUUUAUGAGGACCUAUCACACCUUCAACCCAACAUACGACCUUAUGAACAAGCAUGGGCCUGCUUUAGUGACGAGCAACUCCCAGUACAAACACGAGUGCAAGCACUAGUGGAAAAUCGGUGGUUCUUCACGAGGAAGAAUGAGAACGUUUUUACGUGCAUCACUGCAGCUAGAACUCUCGAAGAUUUAAUGAUCUGGAGGAAGGUCUGGGACAAGUAA